AUGAUGAGAAAUCAUAUUCAAGCUGUACUUUAUAUUCUCAAUUUUUUCAUUUUUUUUUUUUUCCUAAAAAUUCUGUUUUCUCACUUUCGGCUUGAUGAAACUUACGUAUUCAUAUUUUUAAUAUUUCUUUUCUCUCUUACUCCCCACUUCUUCUCCUUCCUUCCUUCUCCUCCUACUUCUACCUUUCUUCUCAUCUCCCUUCCUCCUACUUAUUUUAUCCUACUCCUUCUUCUUCCCUCCUCCUUAUUUUAUUCUACUCCUUCUUCUUCCUUCUUACUUCUUCCCUCCUCCUACUUUUUUCUUUCUUUCUCUUCUAAUUCAUUUUAUCUUGUCGCUCUUUUCUGUUCUUCCUUUCUCUCUUUCCUCAUUCCGAUCAUCUUUGUUCUAUUUUUCUUUUUAAUAAUUUCAUUCCUUAUCCUAAUCCACAUUUUAUCCUUUAAUCCUUCUUUACUAUUGUUUCAUUCUUUUUCUUUCUCAUCUUUUUCCUCUCAUUCUUUCUUCUUACUUUUUCCACUUUUUUCCUUUCUUUCCUUGUCCUUUUCCUUACCUUUCUUCUAUCUUUCUGCUUUGUUUUUCUCCUUUCUUUUCUCUUUGAUCUCUCUCUCUCUCUCUUAUCCUUUUCCUCUCUCUAUUUCUUUCAUCUUCCUUCAUUCUUCUUCUUUUCCUUUUCCUCUUUAUUUUCCCAUUUGUCUCUUUUCUCUUUUUGUUUUCAUGCUCCUCCUCCUCCUCCCUUCUCAAUUUUUUCUUUUUUUAAAAUCCUUUUCUCUUUCAUACUCUUUCUUCUUCCUUUAUUAUUUCUUUCUUUCCUUAGCCUUCUCUUCAUCUCAUUCCUUUUUUUUUCUUCUUCUUCACAUUUUCAGUUUUUCUUUGGUUGGUUCCCUUCUUUUUUUGUUGUUCAUCUUCCUUUAA